AUGGUAAUGACUACAACUUCUGUACAUGGCUAUAGCUCGAAUGCUACCCUGUCGAGCCCAACCUUACAAACCACGAGACCAGCGCCGGCGGACGUACGAUACAUCUGCACGCGAUACGAGCGCUGGUCCAUCGAUGUUGACUGCGGCGCUCCGAUUACCGGGGAUGGUCAGGUCUUCGGAGGAGAUGCUAGCGACUCGUAG